CACAGGCGAAGCUCAUCAACACUCUCACAACCUACAGGCUUUUCUUCUUCUCCGUCGCUCCAUAGUCGCCGGCGACUGAGCUCUAAAACGACGAAUAUGACGACUGGAGCCAAACUCCGAAAUGCGUUCUCCAUCUCCAUGCUGCUUCUUAUCUCACUUUCUGUCCUCCUCCUCCCUGUUUCUUCCGCCGGCCAAACCUCCUCCAUCAACCACCGGAAGAUAUCCGCCAUUGGAACUUCCUCUUCUUCCACUUCAAACUCCACCUACGCCGUCAUCUUCGACGCCGGAAGCUCCGGCAGCCGCGUCCACGUCUUCCAUUUCGAUCAGAACCUAGAUCUCCUCUUCAUCAGUUCAGAGAUUGAGGUUUUCUCACAGAUAAAACCAGGACUGAGUUCAUACGCCGACGAUCCUCAGAAAGCCAAAGCCGCGGAUUCUCUAAUUCCUUUACUGGAGAAAGCAAAAAACACAGUUCCUCAAAAACUGCAAUCUGUGACGCCGGUUCACCUCGGGGCGACGGCGGGGCUGAGGUUUUUGGAAGGUGACAAAUCUGAGAGGAUUUUGGAAGCGGUUAGGGUUCUUCUAAAAACGAAGAGCGGAUUCAAGUACGAAAAGGAUUCAGUUUCGAUUCUUGAUGGAAAUCAAGAAGGCUCUUAUCAAUGGUUGACAAUAAACUAUUUGUUGGAGAAUUUGGGGAAGAGAUAUUCAAAAACAGUGGGAGUAAUUGAUCUUGGAGGUGGCUCUGUUCAAAUGGCAUAUGCAAUUUCUGAUGAAGAUGCAGCUAAGGCACCCAUUGCUUCUGAUGGAAACACCAAAUUUGUUCAAAAUUAUCAUCUCAAAGGUUCCAAUUAUAACCUCUACGUCCACAGUUACUUGCGUUACAGUUUACAAGCUGGCCGAGUAGAGAUCUUGAAGGUGACCAAAGAACUUGGCAACCCUUGUAUUUUAGCUGGUUAUAAAGGGACAUAUGCCUACGGUGGGGAGGAGUACAAAGUGUCAUCCCCAUGGUCGGGGUCGAGCUUCGCCCGUUGCCGGAAGGUAAUUCUAGAGGCUUUGAAAAUCAACAAAUCAUGCGGCUACAACGAAUGCACUUUUGAUGGCAUAUGGAGUGGCGGCGGAGGAGCCGGCGUCAACAAUCUCUAUGUUGCUUCCUUUUUCUUUGACAAGGCAGCUCAGGCUGGUUUCAUAGAUUCUAACAAACCAGAUGCCAUAGUGAAGCCCUUUGAUUUCAAGAGAGUAGUAAGGAUUGCUUGUCAAACUAACUUUGUUGAUGCAAAGGCCAAAUACACUAAUGUUUACUCAAGUGACUUGCAAUUUGCGUGCUUGGACCUCGUUUACGAGUACGCCCUACUUGUCGAUGGAUUCGGUAUUGAUUCUAGAAAAAAGAUCACAUUGGUGAAGCAAGUGGCAUAUCAUGGUCCUCUUGUAGAGGCAGCAUGGCCAUUGGGCAAUGCUGUAACAAUCAUCUCAUCAUCAAAGUACUCAACUGAAAAUUAUUGAUGGAGCUAAAGAGGAGCUUUGUUUCCAUUUUAUUUCUUAAGUAACAAUUGUAGGGUUGAGUUGAAUAAAGAUGGGACUUGAUAGAGCCAGAGAGUUGUCAACUUCAACAUGGGAACUUCGGUUUAAAUAUCGAAGAAGAUAAACGAAAAGCCUGUUAGAAUUAUCUAGUUUUUCUGAAUACGAUGAUCGUGUCAUGAAAUGACUGCCACCUUGAAAGCAAU